GGUUUAGCCUAACUAAUGCUUCUUUCCAUAAAAAAACUGUAGACAUUGAAUGUAAUUUGUUACAAAUUAUUUUCGAGAAAAAAAAAAAUCUGCUGCAGUUUAGAUAUGCCGCUUUUAGGGCUGAUCUGUAUGGUCAUAAAACAAAUAACAAACAAAGUCGUUGUUUGUCAGGGUGGAGCGAUGAGGGGAAGUGUCCAUUCUGGCAUUGACUCUGGUCUGGCUCGAAGAGCUGCUCUGUCCAGUGUAAAUGCAAGCUGAGCUCAGCUCAUUCUGCGCAGUCAGACUGAAGCUCAGUCGCUCACCGCUGUCAUGUACUGGAAACUACACUUGGACUCCAGCCAUAUCUAGGGGAAUAAUGCGUGAUGAAGUAGCUUACUUUUGCAGGUAUUGUCGGCGGAUAGUUAACGCUUAUGAGCGACGUAUGUCAUAGUAUUGCGCGAAUUUUGCCUAAAUCAUUGCGUCGUGGAAUUACUUUUUAAUCAUUACGAUGACCUGAACAGCUGUUCCAUCAACUCAGCAUUUCUGCUUUAUUUUAAACACCGAGUGCCUUAUCCACACGGAACCAACCGGUUUUUUCCGACAAAUUUUUACCAAAAAUUUGCUUGAGUACACUUGCAUAAUUGGUACUUUCCAAUCAAAAUCUCUGGACUACUUGCCAUACACGACAAUAUUAUAGCCUGCGUAUUUAAAGAAGAUCAAGAACAGAUGGAAAAAAAGGGCAAAUUCAAAGUGCUUCUUGUAUUAACAUUUAUGGCCAUUAUUAUUUUCACAUUGUUUUUGGACCAUAAGGAUAAUCAUAAACAUAACACACAAGCUACUCCUCUAACAAGAGCUCCUGUGACAAAUUAUACAAUCAAAAUCCAAGAGGAUUUAUAUUCAAUAACGCCCAUCAAAGACUCUGAGCAUUUCAUGGUGUCAGCGUUUAUUGACCACAGACUGGACGGAGCCAUUCGAGUCAUCAGCAUAAUCAAGAGAAAAAAUCUGCAGCCCCUUUAUUGUGUUUACUGUACCACCAAACAUGACUGCAAAACUGUUGAGACUGAGGUCCAGAUACACACCGACCAUUUUUCCUUUCCAUAUGGUGCUUCAGAUGUGAUUUGUAAAGGCAAGAACAUGCAAAGGGCAACCAGUGUCGCCAUAACAACUAGCAAGAAAGAUUCAGCUGACCUCAGAACAGAUUAUCUGGAAAUCAAAAAUAAGCUGGUAACAGACAAUUUCAAGUAUAACUUCACUGUUUGCAUCUCCAACCUCUUUGGAAGCUACAACAAUGUACUGCAGUUUGCUCAAACUAUGGAGAUGUACAAACUUCUGGGUGUACAGCAUGUGGUCAUCUAUAAUACCAGCUGUGGUGCAGACUUGAAGAAGCUUCUAAAACAUUAUGAAUCAGAAGGGUUACUGGAGAUUGUUUCGUGGCCUAUCGACAAGUUUAUGAAUCCCUCCCCAGGCUGGAAUAUCAAAAAACACAAAGGCGAUCUUCAUUAUUAUGGUCAGUUAGUAACACUCAACGAGUGCAUCUACAGGCACAUGUAUCAAUCCAGAUAUGUUCUUCUGAAUGACAUCGAUGAGAUCAUCAUGCCAUACAAAUACUCAAAUUUACAGUCUCUUAUGGAGGACCUCCAGUCUGCUGAUCCCAGCAAAGGAGUGUUCCUCAUAGAGAACCACAUAUUCCCCAAAACACAGUUUGAGGACAGCGGGAAGUUCAAGCGAAAAGAAUGGAAAAAUAUUUCUGGAAUCAAUAUCAUGGAGCACAUUUACAGAGAACCUGAACGUAAGAAUGUUUACAAUCCCACAAAAAUGAUUGUCAAUCCAAGGAAGGUGGAGCAGACAUCAGUGCAUUCCUCCUUGAAGAACUUUGGAGGGAGUUACCAUGUUCCAUUUAAUGUAUGUAGGAUUGUGCAUGUGAGAGUCCCGCUGCAAGGGAGUCUGACCAAAGAGCAACUCUUUGUAGACAAAAGAGUCUGGGACUUUGAAAACGAUCUGAUACCGAAUGUUGACAGAACUUUGAUACUUUCUGGUCUCCUCAAGGAUUCCAGUUGAGAUGUUUGCAUCAGGGAUUUGUAGAAAGAAAUGCCAUCAAAAUGAACAAGAAACACUACAAAUUCAAGGCAAGGGGAAAAUGUCCCAGCACAAUCAACUAAACAAUUAUGCUGCAACAAUUAAUGUGAAAAAAAUAAAUGAAAAAUGAAGGAUGGCCAGUUGGAGGGCUAAAGAUUAGUUAACUCUGAAUUCUGCAUUCUUACAAGUUCUCUCAUCAUAAAAAUGUAAUGCAGAUAUACUGUAAAUAUAAUAGUGUGUAAACAUGCUGCAUAAAUUGUGUUUGAAUAUCAUGCACUGAUAUGUUUUGUCUUUGUAGACAAAAUGUGGCAAGCCUUUUCCCAAACACAUUGUUUUGUAUUAUUAUUUUUUGUUCAAGUAUGUAUUCUUAUAAUUAAUAUUAAUGAUCCUCAUGAAAUAUCAAUCAAUAAUCAACAUUAUUUGAUAAUUUAAAAAUGAUCUUCAAAUGUAAUAUAUACACAUUUAUAAAAAUAACUUACAUAAAAACAGAUGAUCAUUAAACAAGAAUCACAUGUUAGAAACAUUCUUUUGGAACAUUUUUAUGAGAAUUACUUUUUUUUUUUCUUGAAAAUGUUUCAAAAUCAUGUUUUAUGUGUGUUUUACGUGAGGCUUUUGCAUGUUAUGCUCAUGUGAACAGAGCUUGAAGUAGGAAGAUUUCACUUGUGGUGGGUAAGACACCCACUCCAACUAGUCACUUUUUUGGGGUUGAAUGUAAUAAUUUAACUGAAGUUUCUUAAAAGAUGGGGUAAAUUAUAAACUAACUGCAACAUGAUACUACGAAACUAUCACUCCCACAGAUAUGUAGCCCUGAUUAAGUAGUACUAAUAUGCCCUGCUGGCUAUGAGGAAAUAUUUAUACGAAGCUCGAUAAACGCUCAAAAAUAUGUAGUAAAGAAAGAAAUGGGACAUUUUACUUUCAGUUCAGCUAUUCUCAUGCAACAGCACAUUAGCAAACUAAAUUGUUUAAAGCAAUGUAUUUAUUAUUAUUAUUAUUAUUUUUUUUUUUUUGCUGCGACCAUAUGUUGACUAUACAUUGGCAAAACAUUUUCAUUAAUGUUUGCAUAUUUGUGCUGGGUUAGUUUAAGCAUUAUGUUAAAGUGACAAAGCAUGGGUAUUUAUAGUACUUAACAAUUGGGCAAAAUAUUGUAAAAUUCAAAUGUUUAUUUGGAUUUUAGCAAUCAUAUUUUUGUAAGAUCUGCUUACUGUAAGGUCCAUUAGCAGUUCUGUCUAUAAACAUAGAUUAUUUUUUUCUACAAGUCAUGUUCAUAUCAAAAUGUACUCAUUUUUAUUGAGAUUGGAUGGUCAAAAUGCCAAUUCAUGGGUUCCUCUUACAAACAUGGCAUUCUUGUAAACAAAAUUUGUUUAAAGUCAACUUCCCUAUAAAUAACAGCUGUAACCUUGUGUGAUAAAAAAAAAAAAAAAAAAAAAAAACUUACAACCGUGAAAUAAAAAUGUUGCUUUUGAGACAAAUGUUAAUCUAAAUAAUGGUAACAGAUAUUUAGGUAUUCUUGCAUAAAAUGUGAUUUAUUUUUUUUUUUGAUAUUGUGUUGGGCCAUGUUGUGAAAGAUUUGUUUGUAAUGAUUGGGACAAUAUAUGGAAAAAUGAUAAGUACGCAUGUGUUAUAUGUCUUUUGGAUACGGUAAAAUAAAACAUGUUGAAAUUCUCAA